CCUUUAGUCUGCUCGCUUGCUAUCGGAAGUUGAUGAAUGCUUGUGGCCGAUUACGUGAGUUCCCGCGCUUGAACGCGCAAGCCCAAUUGCCUUGCCAACUUGUUCUGCCUCAUUGUUCACAAGAGUAAACACGUAAUGAGCUAAUUAAGACUCAGAACUCUGCUGAGUUUGUGGCGGGCCUUUCCAGAAGGCAGAAGUUUGCUAUCGGCGCGCGCACAGCCAUGGCUGACGAGGGCCAUGAUGGUGCGGACGAAACGACGGAGCAACAGCAGCAACUCACCAUUGUCCGAAUAAAGCGCCGGCGAGACGAGCCGGCCGCGAACGAAAUUAUUUUGGAAGCGGCUGGGUUCAGGAGCCGGAGCAAGCAGCCUCGGUUCGAUGAGUUGCUUAUGCAGCUGCAGGGCCUGACGUUCGCGGGCGGCACGGCUGCUGCUGCUGCUGCGGACGCCACAGAUGAAGCAAUCCCGCGGAGGCGCUUCCGGCGGUUGCGCACGGUCGACGUGUCGGUUUUAGAGGGUAUGUCGGAGGCGGAGCUGCUGCGCCUGCUGCGCUGCCAGUCGGGCGCCACCGCCUCCACCAGCGGCCCUGCGGAGCCCUCGCCCCACGGCGGCGACGCAGCAGAGUCCUCAGCUGCAGGGACCGGCAAGCAGCCCGCUGGCAAGCCCACCCAGUCGGCAGCAGCAGAUUCCAGGGAGGAGCAGCAGCAGCAGCAAGAGCAGCCGGCAGCACAGGAGCAGCAGCAACGGCCGCAGCGGAGGCGGCAGCCGCAGCCGCUGUCGCAUUCCGGCUCGGAGCAGGGCGGGCGGCGGCCGUUCCGCGGCACGCAAGGUCCCAGCAAGGAAACACGGAUGGCGGCACUGCGAGAGACGCACAAGCAGGCGGGCGCGGCGGCGCGAUACAAGCAGAUCCGCCGUAUGCGCGAGGCGAACGCGCCAGACGGCGAGGGCGGCUGCAGCGGCGGCGGCCUCUUCCACGUGUACGACCUGGAGCGACUGCCCGCCGCACCCGCACACGCGCCCGCAAGGGGGACGCGGGGGGCUGCCCGGGCCGCCCGCCAUGGCUCACAGGCGGGGCCGCGGUCCUCUGCGGCGGCGGCGGCGGCGGUAGGUGGCAGCGGCGGCGCGGGGGCGGCGGCGGCCGCGCCAGCUGGUCCGGCCUUCAGGUCGGCGGCUGUGCAGGAGCAGGAGCAGGCGGCGGAUGGUGUCAGUCAGGAGGAGCAGCUUAUCAAACAGCGCUACGGUGCCAUGGUGGAUGACUAUCUGCGGGAGGUGGGCGGCGAGGCAGCUGGCAGCCAGCCACAGCCACAGCAGCCACAACAGCAGCGGCGCAUUCCCGCCCGGCAGCGGAGAGCGCAGCAGCAGGCGUCCGCAGCCAUGACGGCAGCCCCGGCCCAGGCUCAGUCACAGGAUAGUCGCAGCUCCGACGUGCCCGCCACCGCCACCGGCGCCGAAAGUAGGCCGGCGGCUGGCAGUGCCGCACCCGCUGCUGCUGCAGCUGCAGCUGCUGCUGCUGGCGCCGCCACUGCGUCAGCUUCGGCAGCGGGGGCACCGCCAGCGCCCUCCACGCCCGCCGCCACAAACGGCGGCACGGCCGCUGCCAGUGGCGGUGGCGGCGGCGUCGACUCCGCCGCAGCGGCCGACAGCGACGCCACUGGCGACGACGACGGCGCUGGCUUUGUGUACGAUGUGUACGUGCCCGUACCGGACGGCGAGGACGACGACGCCGCAGGCGGCGACGGCGGCGGCGCGGCGGCGAUGGAGGCGGAGGAGCUGUGGCCGUGGGCGGACGCGCCCUCCGGCUCCGACCUGUUCGUGCCCGUCAUUGAGGUGGCGGAGGAGGACGACGAGUUCUUUUGGGCGGGCGAGGUGGAGGCGGAGGCGGCGCAGCGUGCGGCGGCGCUGGAGGAGCACGACAGCGAGGACUCAAACGCCGAGAGCUACUACGCCAACUCCUACCCGGAUGAGGACGAUGGGCCGUACGACGACGAUGACGAUGCGGACUGUGGAGCAGGAGGCAGCGGCAGCCACAGGCGCGGUGGCGGCAGCGGGGCCGCUGCCGGCGUCGGCGUGUGGGAGGACGAGGAUGAUGGCGAAGGGGAGGCGGACGCGGAUGUGGAGAUGGCGGGUGGCGGCGGCGCGGCGGCGGGCGGCGCGGCGGGGUACAGCUGGGGUGCGGCGCUGGCGAUGCGGCGUGGCGUCGCGGGUGGUGGUGGUGGCGGCCGGCGGCCUGGCAGUGAUGACGACGACGAUGAUGAUGACGACGAUGUGGAGCUCGACAGCGAUGACGAUGACGAGCUGCACGGCAGGGGCGCGCGGCGGCGUGGCGGCGGCGGGCGGCCGCGCAAGCCGGCUGGAUACUAUCGAUCUGUGGAUGAUGACUACAGCGAGCACAGCAGUUGCAUGAGCGAGGAGGAGGAGCGGCGGGAGGCGGAGGAGCGGCGGCGGCGUGCCAUCUUCAUGCACUGAGAGCAAGGGCGCCGGAGUCCGGUAGCCGAUGCAAGAGCGGUGUGGCGGAGCAUGGAGACUCAACGAAGCGAAUUUAGUGACCAUCGAGUUUAUUUGACAGGGUCCGUCUUACGAGCCCUGGGUCGGCACUCGAGGUCGCGCAUGACAAGGUUGCAUGUCGUGUGGAGUGGCGAGGUGAGCGCGUGAGUGGUGCAAAGCGCAGCAGGAGCGAGGCCACCCGAGGCAGCGGAGUUUGCAGUGGCGGCGGACGCCUCUUAGUGUUGAGAUGUUGAGGUUUUAAGUUGCAACCUGCCCCAGGCAACCUGCCGAACUUAAUCCAAUUCCCCAUACACGUUCCGGUAUUGUCCUUAUUCGAAGGUUCUCGAGGUUUCCGUGGGAGUGUGAAUGCCUUGGUCCGCACUUCCUUCCGGCUUGCCAGGGCCUAGGGAACUAGUGUGCUGCCGUGCUCGUGUGUGCAGGAGCGCGGAGCGUUAAUUGAGUUGGUGCGGAGCAUGCAUCGCUGCACUGGUUGAAUCACACCCGAAUAUGAGCACAGUUCCACGGUGCAUGGUGUGCCGUGAAAAGGGAUGUCGUGAGGCAUGAGGAAUGGCCCGGCUCCUUGCUUGAAGUUCUCGCUCUGUACGACAGACGUUGCGCUUUGCUGACGGGGGAGGGCGUUCAGGAGGUCAUGCCAUGACGAGAGCCUGGCCCGGCCCACGGAACAUGGUCGCAGGUGUUGGGAUGCUGGACCCUCGAGAUAAGAUCCUUCCGCGCCAACGCGCCGUCGAACCCCUCCAACCCCCCCGAAAGCAUGCAAGCUACCUGUUGCAACCAAUGUCUUUGCGUCACAUUAGCGAGUUCGGGUACGUUCUGGCACGCGUGGCCUGGACUUAUCGCGUGGAUUCUG